GACAAUUUGGAAAAUUUCACGGAAGAAGACUGAAGAAGAGAGGAAAAAAAAGGAAAGAGAUAAAGAAGUAAAAAUGUCAGCUUGGAAUAUCAUCAAGCACCUUCCGUGCAAUUACUUUCAGAAGAAUCUCUCCCGCCAUAUCCUCAGACCUCGCCGUCUCUUCUCAAUCUCUUCAUCUUCGUCUUUCCCUUCUGUUACUGAGUCUUUCGCCGCACCUUACCUCUCAGUUCGUAUCCACUGUCCAAAACAUGUCGUCGAUCCAUUCUCAGAGGCUUUGUUGUCUUUUGGAGCGAGCUCAGUAGCUGUAGAUGAAGACAUCGAAGAAGACGACGAAGAUGCGGCUUCAGGGUCCUCCCUUGCUUCAAAAGAGAUAUGUAUAGAAUCAAUAUUUCCAGUGAACGAAGAGGUGAAAAUGUGCAUUUCACAGGCUGCAAAUUCGAUAGGCUUGAAAGAGAUACCGAAAUUCAAAGUUGAAAUGGGAGAUGAACUUGACUGGAUAACCAAAAACCAGGAAUUGUUUCAGCCUGUUGAAAUCGCCGAGAGACUUUGGAUUGUACCUGAGUGGACAUCUCCUCCUGUCGCUGAGGCAGUAAACAUAAUUCUGAACCCUGGAUUUGCGUUUGGGACUGGAGAACAUCCUACUACUAAGCUGUGUCUAUUGCUUCUACAAAGUUUGAUAAAAGGUGGAGAAGCGUUCCUCGACUAUGGUACUGGUUCGGGAAUACUUGCAAUCGCAGCCCUCAAGUUUGGUGCUGCAUCAUCUGUUGGUGUUGAUAUUGAUCCAAUGGCAAUAAAAUCUGCAAAUCAUAAUGCAGCUCUGAACAACAUUCAGCUGGAGAAACUGGAGCUGCACCUUGCUCCAAGUGAGAAUAGCUCCUCUGGGAGAGAGAUACAACUGCGAAAAGAACAGUUUGAUGUGGUCAUUGCAAACAUUCUUUUGAACCCUGUUAUGGAAUUGGCGGAUCAUAUCCUUUCAUUCGCGAAACCCGGGGCAACCAUUGGCAUUUCUGGUAUCCUCUCUGAACAGCUUCCAAAUGUAAAAGAACGGUACUCUCCCUUCUUGGAGAGCAUUUCUGUAUCCACAAUAGGUGACUGGGUUUGCUUGAGCGGUACCAAGAAAAGGGAGUUUAUUGAAAAUUAAUCACUUCUUCAGUGUUAUAUCAGAAAUGAGGCAAAUAACAUAAAGCAUUAGCAAAGAAAUGGCAAAAUGCCUAAUGCUCAGCAAGUUUAGUCGUAUGAUUAUCAGACAGUACAAACAAAUCUGCCCUAGAGGAGUUGUGUAAGAGGAGGCGACAACUACAGAUUAUAUGAAACUUAACGUACUCGUCAUUGUUGUAUUAAAAAGAUUUCAAGUCUAUGAUAAUUUAAAAUUUGUGUUGUCAACAACUCUGGUAGCAC